AUUGUGUCACACGCGCGAGUGGACGUCUCUCUCUCUCACUGUCUGUCGAUCGGAUUCCAAUCCGUUCCAGCUUCGUUCCAGCCUCCAUUUAAGCUGAGUGAAAACCGAAAGUGAUCCAUCCAUUCAUCAUCAUGUCUGACGGCAGCAGUUCCUCGCGACUUUUGGCCCUCGUGGCCAUCUUCUUCAGCAGCUACAUUGUGGGCAUCUACAGCGCGGCACGGGCCUCCAGUAGCUUGAUCUUAACUCCGGAUAGAAGUUAUAAUCGGACUUUGAAUAAUACACUCCUCGAAGAGGUAGAAGAGAACUCCUCCACUGGCCUCGCCCGCAGCGGCUCCCGACAUCCUCGCUGGUUUCCGUUUUACACCAUUGGUCGUUUCUCCAAUGACAUUUGCACAGGCAACAACCUGCUUCUCGGCACCUGUGUAAUCAAUGGUGAAUGCUCGGACAACAGCGGAGUGGCGGCGGGCAGUUGCUCCUCUAUUACUGCCCAGGCUAUCUGCUGCAUUUAUCAAAGAACAUGUGGAGCGAGUACCUCCUACAACAACACCUACUUCUACAACAGCAACUAUCCAGCUCCAUAUGCUGGCGGUGGAAGAUGCUCCAUUGUAGUCACGCCACCGGAUUCAAGCAUUUGUCAGCUGCGCGUGGACUUCCUUUCCCUAUCGCUGGCUCCACCCUCGGGCGAUGGAUUCUGCAACACCGAUGCAUUGACCAUCACUGGAGGAGCCUCACAAGUGCCCAGCAUCUGUGGCGAGAACUCUGGUCAGCAUGUUUAUGUGGACUUUAAUGGCGUCAGUCCCAUCACCAUCUCGGUGGCCACUUCCUCCGGUUACACCUUCAACCGCAACUGGCAGUUCCAGAUCCGCAUGCUGGGCUGCACGUCGGCCACCUUGGCUCCUGCUGGAUGUCUGCAGUACUAUAUGCCCAGCAGUGGUACCCUCGCCAGCUUCAACUACGUUUCAGCAGCCUCGUCCGCCCUGAAUUCCAUUGGAGUCCAGGGCACCAGACAGCUGGCGAAUACAAAGUAUGGGAUCUGCAUACGUAAAGCAGCUGGUAUGUGCUCCAUUACCUACAGCCAGGUCAGCUCGGACACGUAUUCCUUUACGCUGACAAACGACGUCGGAGCUGUGGAUCCGACGCUGCUGGCCACGUCCUCGGUUCAGAGCCAGGAGUGCAGCACGGAUUACAUUGUUAUACCGGCGCCCACGCAGGGAGGCGUCUCGCUAUCCAGUGAUCGCUUUUGUGGUCUGGGCCUGGUGUCCACGACCACUGCGGCGAAGCCCUUUGUGGUCUAUACGGUAACGGACGGCAUUGAGGAUCUGGACAUAUCGAAUAGAGGAUUCUAUCUGUCGUAUUCACAGAAUGCGUGUCCAAUUCUAUAA